AUGGCUUUCCCAGCUCCAGCUGCUGUAUUCCUUGAUGAGAACCUGCCAAUCCAUAGAGGCAAGAGGGCUGAUGGGCUCAAUGCCAGGCCACUGAAACCAUCAGCAAAGCCAUCAGCAAGGAAGGCUCUGCGGGAUGUGUCCAACACCAGCAAGCCCCAAGCGCCUAGCAUUCAAAAAGGCCACCCCUUGAAGGAUAGGUCCGUCCUGAAAGACAAGUCAGCUCUUCGCAGCCAAGAAGCCAUUAAGAAGAACCCACUGAGCAAGACUACAAUCUAUGCUGAUGAAGCCACCAAAAAAUGCCAUGAAUGGGCCAAGGGUGGGGUGGAGGGCACCCACUUCACUGGGAAUGAUGCUCAGAGGUUGGACAGUGACAAGAUAGACAAACGUGUCAAGAAGAAAGUGGAGAAAAUAACGUCAGCAUUGCAUGAUUGGUCAGAUGUGAUAUUUGAUCCUCUGCUGUUUCCAGCUAAGACAGUUGCACCGUUUCAUGAAGAAGUAAAUGUGCUGGAACUGGAGCCUGAGAUUCUUCCAGACAUCAGUGGGCGUCUCUCGAUUUCAGGCGACAAGGCAAAGCUGACUGAAGAUUCUUUUGAUGAAGUUGAGCUUGAUAGCUACUCAUUCCUGGAGGACAAGCCUGUUGAGUUUCAGCUGAGAGACGAGAUAAGUCUUUAUCCGUGGAGCCUGGAGUCAGUGAACUGA